AUGUCUUACAAUUACCAGACCCCAUCAUGUCCAACACUAGAGGGCCGCAUCAUGAUGUUGCCCAAAUUAUCAGAGAUUGACCCGAGCUACACAACAUCCCUACCUACAGGAAGCGGUAUUUUCAACCAUCCCGUUAUUAUUCUCUCGCAACAAGUUUAUAAGGGCAAAGUAGCAGUAUUUAUCUUGACGAGCUUUGACAGCACACCAAUUCAAAAUCGCUAUAGGGAUCCCAUCCGCCGUCGUUCCUACCUCCCAAUACUCCCAGCCAGCCAUCCAGAUACCAGCAGCGUCCUCAUCGUCGCUCACGGGAAGGUCAUGAAAAAGCAGUCCUACAUUAACUUCAAAGAACUUUACGAAAUCCCCUUUACAGUUCUUCGUCCAUGUUGGAGAGACAGUGAUCUUCACUUGGAAAAGGCGUCCUACCAAAUACUCACCGCAGAGCUGUGGAAGCGCAAUGUUGGCGAACUGGGAGUUACGCUCAGCGGACAUGGCAUAUUGGAGCAGACAUCCCAGCCGGUCUAUGGCCAAGUUCCUGUUCCCACCUCCAGCUAUCCUUUGCCAAACUACUAUCAACAUCCUGUAUAUGGAACGACUUCUACCGGGAUGUAUGACCCUCCCAUUUCGGAGUCUUAUGAGACAUUUGCACAAACUCCGCCAGACGCUUACCGACCACAUACUUCAACUCCAUAUUGGACUGAUCCCGCUACUUCUGUAGCGAAAAAUGCUGCAUGGAUUCAAAAUUAUUCAGUUCGUGCACAUCAAGUCCGACAAGCUAGGCUGGCGAGAUCGACUCAUCUUAUGACAGAACGAACUCGGUUUCCAGUUGAUCAGUGCGCUCACGAUGAGGGUAACAAUGACGGGAGUUGUCUUCGAAUCUUUGUCAUUUUAUGUGUCUUUGUAGGGUGGCUGGUACUAUUGGGCUAA